AUGGCGGCGGCGGUGCGCUGGGCCUUGGUGGCCGCUGUGGCGGCGGCGGCGGUUGUGGCGUUGGAUAACGGCGUGGCGCGGACGCCGCCCAUGGGCUGGCUGCACUGGGAGCGCUUCCUCUGCGGCACCGACUGCGCUGCUGAGCCGGACAGCUGCGUCAGCGAGCGGCUGUUCACCGAGAUGGCCGACGUGAUGGUCGCGGAGGGCUGGAAGGAAGCGGGCUACGAGUUCGUCUGCAUCGACGACUGCUGGAUGGCGCCAACGCGGGACGAACGAGGCCGGCUGCGGGCGGAUCCCCGGCGCUUCCCCGGCGGUAUCCGCGCACUGGCGGACUACGUCCAUUCCAAAGGGUUGAAGCUGGGGAUCUACAGUGACGUGGGGAACAGGACGUGUGCCGGCUUCCCCGGCAGCUAUGGGCACUACGAGUUGGACGCACAGACCUUUGCCUCCUGGGGUGUGGACUUGGUGAAGUUUGAUGGCUGUAACGCCGACUCGCUGGGGCUGCUGGCAGAAGGUUACAGGAACAUGUCUCUGGCCCUCAACAAGACUGGCAGACCCAUCGUGUACUCCUGUGAAUGGCCUUUCUACCUGAGGCCUGUGCAGCAGCCCAAUUACACGGAGAUCAAACAGUAUUGCAAUCACUGGAGGAAUUUUUAUGAUGUCUAUGAUUCUUGGAACAGCAUCAAGAGCAUCGUGGAGUGGACAGCACUUCACCAGGACAGCAUUGUGAAGAUAGCUGGGCCUGGGGGCUGGAAUGACCCUGACAUGUUGGUGAUUGGGAACUUUGGGCUGAGCUGGGACCAGGCGGUGACUCAGAUGGCGAUGUGGGCGAUCAUGGCCGCGCCGCUCUUCAUGUCCAACGACCUGCGGCACAUGAAACCGGAGGCCAAGGGGCUGCUCCAGAACAAGGAGGUGAUCGCCAUCAACCAGGAUCCGCUGGGCAAGCAGGGCUAUCGCAUCACUAAGGACAAGAACUUCGAGCUGUGGGAACGGCCCCUGUCUGACAGAGCCUACGCCGUGGCGGUCCUAAACCAGCAGGAAAUUGGGGGACCCCAGAACUUCACCUUCUCCCUCUCCUUCCUCGGCAAUGGGCUGGCCUGCAACCCAGCGUGCUGCAUCCAGCAGAUCCUGCCAACCAGCAGGGACUGGGGGGUUCACAACUGGGUCUCCUCCCUGAGUGUAGAAGUGAACCCCACAGGCACUGUGCUGCUCAAAGUAGUGCCGCUGUAGGAGGUGGGAUUAUUUUCUAAGCCUCAUGUUCUGCACUUCUUGUCCUAGAGCAUUCACUGCUUGAGAGCCUCUGGAUGCUGAACCUUCUGCCUACUGUAACAAAUGCCUGUGACUUAUUACCAUGAGGCAGCAGAAAAAGGUGCUGCUUCUCUCCUGUUACCCUUUCUCUGGCAUCUCACCCAUCUCUCCUUUCCCAAGGGGUCACAAGGCCCCCAGCAGGGCAACAACAACUCAUUGCCACCACGACCAAAGAUCUGCAAGAGGUGCACGCAGCGUUCUACAGCUCUUCAGCAUUUCAGGCACACAAGGGCAGUGCAGCCCAGCUGCUGUGCUGUGUGCUUUGGCAGGCUGGAGCACUUGUGGACAUUUAGUUCACAACUGUGAAAAGCUGUUCCUGCUGGAAAAAACUCAACGCCGUCCUCAGAAUGGGCACCUCCUCCUGAGCUCAGGGACUGGUCUAAAUCACAGCGCUUCUUAGCAGCUGAUUUCUCUGCAGCCAUCUGCUUAAAGUGAUCAAGUGUGAUGCCUCCGAGCUGAGCUUUGAGGCUUUCAAGUCUCACAAGUCUUCCUCUCAUCAAUGGCUGCCCCUUUAGAUGACAGUUCCCCACGCCACCCUUCAUGGGGCCCCUAGGGAAUCCUUCCUUAGUGAGCUCCCUUCCAGAAAUAACUGCUUGCUUUAGCUUAAAGGUCCUUCUGGUGCAGGAUACAGACACUUAACCCUUGUUUCCAGGCUACUGCACAAUCUGGAUGCCUUGAUUUGUCCUAAUGUUUGUGUUUACAACUCCAACUGAAGUGUUCCUAAGCAGGCCUACCUGUACGUUUUACCAUGGUAGCUAAAAUUAAAUCAAGUUUUGGAAAACA